AUGCCAUCAUCAACCACCACCUCCUCCGCCGCUGCCACCACCUACACGACCAUCCCUAUCUCCGGCAGUGACGUCAUCAACCGGUCCAUUCAAAAUCUCUACACGUUCCUCUCCAAAACUCGACCGUGGCCGGAAUUUCUCGCCGGAGCUAACGCUGUCGACAUCCCGACAUCCUUAUCCGACGCCGGAAUUCGUAUCCGCCGGAACUUGAACUACUUCUCCGUCAACUAUGCUAUUAUCAUCUCUGCUUUUGCAGCUGGUUCGCUCAUCGGAUCACCGGUUUUAUUGAUUUUCACCUGUUUGAUAUUUGCGUCGUGGUUGAUUCUUUUCUUCUUUCGGGAGGAUCCUAUGGUUGUUUUCGGGCAUCAAGUUAGUGAUCUAAUUGUGAUUGUAGGGCUCCUAACUGUUUCUGCAAUUACGAUUUGGUUUACUGGGAUUUUAAACAACUUGAUGGUUGGUAUAGGGAUUGGUGUUUUGGUUUCUGUUAUUCAUGGAAGUUUGAGGAAUCCGGAAGGGUUGUUUGUUGAUGAAGACGAUGCUGUUACUGCUGGAUUGAUUUCGAAUGCUGAAAGAGGAACUGCUUGAAUUUGGCCUGCUAAUUUAUUCAACUGACUAAACAAACAUUAUUUGAUUGUUAUUUAGUUUUUUUGGUGUUUAUGUUGAUUGUUCAAGGUUGAAUUUUGGCAGGGGAGCUAUGUUCAGAGGAUACAUUUGGAAGAGAUGACAAAAGAUUUGAUUUUUUUUUUCUGUUGGUUGGUUGUUGAUUGUGAGUACCUUGAGCCAAGCGCCUGUCAGAAAUAGCCUCUCUAUCUCUGAGGUAGGGGCAAGGUUUGACGUAUUUUGUAUCAUUCCCGGAUAUUCCCAACUUUGGGGGAGUAUACGGGGUAUGUUGUUGUUGUUGAUUGUGAGUACCUUGAGCCAAGCGCCUGUCGGAAAUAGCCUCUCUAUCUCUGAGGUAGGGGCAAGGUUGAUGUGUUUUCUAUCAUUCCCGAGAGUCCCACGGGGUAUGUUGUUGUUGAUUGUGAGUGAAUUUACCGAGUGUUUUGGUUUGUAUGUAAGGAAGAGAUGCUUACUGUUUCCAAAAGUUUACAGGAAAACCUGUUGCUACUGAUCUUGUGCUGUAUUUGACAGUUGUUUCAAUGAAUUUGUUCAAUUUUAA